CACACAAGGUAACCGCGCUGACAGCGCUGCGCGUGCCGCCCUCCGACGACGUGUGCCGGCCGCUGCUGGAGAUGGCCGCCGUGGUCGCGGUCGGCACGCAGGACGGCUUCGUGUUGCUGCUCGACCUCGGCCUGGACGCGCCCGUGCGCACUGACGAGCGAGCGCCCGGCAUGCUCUCGUACGUGACCGUGCUGGAGCCGGCCGUAGCGCAGCGGCGCGCCGAGCAGGCGGCGCUGGGCAACCACCUCUGCCUGCCGCUAAACGACGCGUCCGUGGAGGCGGGCGUGUUCGCGCACCGGACGGCGCGCGGCCUGCUGGAGCACGCGCAGCCGGCCGCCGACACCUGGGUGUCGGCCGUGCAGUACGUGCCGCAGCUGCGCAGCCUGGUGGUCGGCCUCAGCUUCGGCUGCUUCCAGAUCUGGGACCUGGAGACGCUGCAGAUGGACUUUGCCAGCCGGUACGAGCCGGGCCUGCUGCCCGUGGUCAGCUGCGUCUUCCUCGAGCCCGAGAACGACCCGCGCCGCUUCGUCUACCUGUGGAUGCUGCACAGCGUGCCGGCCUACCACGACAUGAGCGGCUCAGUGGCGUCGGCGGCGCUGUACGCGCUUAUCUACAGCGAACGCCAGUGGGCGCAGGAUGUGCCCGUCUACCGUGGCCUCGAGCAGGUCGGCCUCAAGCUCGUCUAUGACCUGACCACCACGCCCGAGCAGCCGAACCCGAGCGGCGUGCUCGCCAGCUGUCUGCUGGCGGCCGUCGCGCUGCCGGCGCCGGCCGGCGACGUCAGCGCCGGCGGCGGCGCCGACGACAGCCUCGUGUCGCGCGACGUCACGCGCUGCGCGCUGGCCUGGGAGGCGUGGACUGCCGACGGCUCCUCCACGUGCACGUGUCUGGCGCUGUUCGACCUGAACCGCUGGUACCAGGCGCACAUGCCGCACGCCGUGGACGCGGCGGCACUCGAGCGCUGCGAGUACCUGCGCUUCUUUUCGCUGGACGUGAGCCAGGGCAUUGUGCUCGGCGUGGCGGUGCGCGAGCUGGAGCCACGCUCGGGGCUGCUGUCGGCCACGCUGCUGCUGGAUGUAGGCGUGCUGCCGGUGACGUUCGUCGGCCCGCAGGAGCGGCUGUUGCGCUGCACGCUGCGCGCGCUGCUCGACUGGCUGUGGCGGCGCGCCGUCGACGUGGUGACGCAGCUGGACGCCGCGUGUGUGCGCCUGUUCGAUCUGAGCGGCGGUCCGCUGGCGCCCGACGAGACGGAGGUGCUGCACGCGCUGCGCGCGCAGCUGGACGGACUCGGCCACGUGCUGCACACCAUGGCUACCCGUACCGUGAACACAGACGUAGGUCUCGGCGAGCUCGAGUCCAAGAGCUACGUGCUGCGCGUGCGCAGCCUCCACGCGUCGGUGAUCCUGUGGUUAUGCCACGCGGGCCUGCUGCCCGAGCAGGCGGAGGCGGACGAUGGAGGUGAUCCGCUCGAGUUCGCGUUCCCGGGCAGUGCUCUGGCUGCCUGGUACGGCGAGCGGCGCCGCAAGCUGGGCGGACGCCUGCUGAUGGUGGACGGCUUGGUGGAGGAGUUGGGUGAGCCGUUGCGCCAGCUCUGGCAGGAAGACGGUGACGGCCACUACCCGCCGCGCUCGCUGCACGCUCUCACGCGUGCCUACCUGCUGGACGGUGUGCCGGACGUGCGCAAGCACCGGCUCACUCACUAUCUUCUGAUGGACUUGGGCCGCCUGUUGUCCGACGAGCACUGCGAUACGCUCAAGUCGUUUCCGUCCACGUUCGCCAUGUCGCCGAGUCUCAUCAAGCUGACGCACGCCUUCUGGAACCUGGACCACGGCAACAUCGAGUCGGCGCUGGUGUUCCUGAUGGACCCGUUGGUGCAGUCGGCCGACCUCACCGCCUGGCAGCACCGGCGCAUCGUGGAGUCGCUGUUGGCGCAGGGCGAGCCGCGCGCGGCGCUGCAAUACGCGCGCGCCCGCCACCUCCCGGCGCCGCAGCUGGCUGACCUGCGCCUUCACCUGCGCGUGCUGCUUGAUAACGGCCUGGUGACUGAGGCGCUCAAGUACGAGCAGCGGCACCGCGCCAUCGGCGGCGACCGGCUGGUGCGCUGGCUGCUGGCCGGCUGCCAGGAGCGGCGGCUGCUGGUGCAGCUGAUGCGGCUGCCGUUGGACGCGUCGGUGGAGCGGCAGUUCGUCGACUUCCUGCUGGAGAGCCCGGAGAAGGACUGUGGCGAGCUGCUGCACGUUUUCUAUCUGCAGCGCGGCCGAUACCAGGACGCCAUCCGGUUACAGCGGCGGCUGUCGGCCGGCGUGCCAGCGGCCGACCCGGACCGCGCCGGCUUCCGCGACUCGCUGCAUCAGCUACUGCCGGGCCUGUCGAUCUUGAAGGUGCGCCGCUUCCUGGAGUCGAGUGGCGGGCGCAGCGCGGCCGAGGAGACGCCCUCCAAGCAGCUGCGGUUCGGCCUGUUGCGCGGCCGCCGCUCACUGGAGGAGAGCCGGGCCUCGUCGGACCGCGGCGCCGACGAUGUCACGCCGCCCCCGCGCGGCCUGCUGCCCUCGCUCUUCACGCCCGGCACGACGCCGGCGCCGCCGGACGUGGCCUGGCGCCCGAUCCCUGUGCCCCCGCUGCCGACAGCGGACGCCGAGCGCUCUCCUUUGCCCGAGCCGGCGUCGCCUCCGCGCAAACGCCAGUCACUGGCCAGUGAACUGGACGACAGCGAGUUCUUCAGCUUCGAGGCCAGCCCGACGGCGGCGGUGCCCGACAUGACGCUUGAGUUCUUCGACCGUGAGCGUCGGCUGUGCCUGGUGGAGCGCUCCUGGCACGACAGCGACGGUGAGGACGAGCGGGCGCUAACGCUGGGCGGCGACGUGCUGCGCCGGUCGCGCUCAGAAGGCGACGCCACCUGA